UUCUAAGAAGUUGUGUUGUGUUAAAUUCCUCUCUUCAUUGUUUUCCUCUUCUUCUUUUAGUUAAAAUUCUAAUUAAACUUGACAAAGCCAUGGGAUUCUUAGAAUGCAUUGGCCGUUUCUUUCAAAAUGCAAACCCAUACAUCGCAGUCAUCUCCCUUCAAUUCGGCUACGCCGGAAUGAACAUCAUCUCCGUCGUCUCCCUCAACCGUGGUAUGAGCCACUACGUCCUUGUCGUCUACCGUCAUGCCUUUGCCACUGCCGUCAUGGCACCCUUUGCUCUUGUUCUCGAGAGGAAAGUAAGACCUAAGAUUACAUGGAAGAUUUUCAUUCAGAUGUUUGCUCUUGCUCUUCUUGGACCACUGAUUGAUCAAAACUUCUACUACGUGGGGUUGAAAAUGACAUCCCCAACUUUCUCUUGUGCGAUAAGCAACAUGCUCCCUGCAAUGACAUUCGUCAUGGCAGUCAUUUGCAGGAUGGAGAAGUUGGAUUUGAAAAGAGUGAGAUGUCAAGCGAAGUUGUUUGGAACGAUAGUGACGGUGGUGGGAGCUAUGUUGAUGACAUUUUACAAAGGAAGUGUCAUCAACAUCUUCGGGACCGGGCACAGCCACCAACCGUCAUCGGCCGACGCAGCUGCAGUCAACCACCACCACGACGGAGAGUUCAUCAAAGGCUCCAUAUUGCUCAUCAUCGCCACUCUGGCUUGGGCAGCCUUCUUCAUUCUCCAAGUAAUAACCUUGAGAAAAUACACAGCCCAUCUUUCUCUCACCACCAUGGUUUGCUUUUUGGGAACCCUUCAAGCCAUUAUCGUCACCCUCGCCAUGGAGCACCGCCCUGGUGCCUGGGCCAUCGGCUGGGACAUGAACCUUCUUGCCGCUGCAUAUGCGGGGAUCGUGACAUCAGGGGUGGCAUAUUAUGUUCAAGGUUUGGUUAUGAAGACAAAAGGGCCAGUUUUUGUUACAGCUUUCAGUCCAUUGAUGAUGGUUAUUGUUGCUUUCAUGGGAUCUCUCAUCUUGGCUGAAAAGAUUUAUGUCGGAGGGAUAAUUGGAGCAGUGUUGAUUGUAAUAGGAUUAUACUCUGUUUUGUGGGGAAAAUACAAGGAAAGCAAAGAGAAGGAAAGUAAUGGAGAUAUUGUUGAAGCAAUGAAAGGUGGAGAUGAAUUGCCUAUAACAAAUGAAGGCAAUGAAGAAGCAAUAAUUGAUCAUCAAAAGAAAGAGGGUUUGGCCAUUACUAUUCCACCCAUCGAAGCACUUAGCAUGGAGAAGAGGCAGCUUCAAGACACACUCGCUAAUUAAUUAUAUAAAUACUCCAAAUUUAUUAAUAAAAAAGAGAGAAUCUUGAAGAUCAAAUAACUUAGAAAUGGCUAAGAAAAAGUGAGGAGAGGAGGAGGAGGAGGAGGAGGAGAAUUUGAUCAAAUACUUCUUUUUUUUUUUUCUUUUUUUCUUUUUAAUUUUCUUUUUUUCCUUUUUUUGCAUUCUAUUUCCAAUUUAAUCCCUCCAUUUUUCCCCCUUUUUCCCUUUUCUUUCUAAACUCUAGUUUUCUUUUUCUCUCUUGAUCUCUUUUUGGUUGAAUAUGUGGGCCUUUAAUGUUGGCCCUUUCA